CCCCCCGCGAAGAAAAUAGUUUUUAAAAAAAAAAUCGGGAAUGGUUGAUAUGGGAUCUGAGCCGUUGGUUGGUAGUAAUUAAUAUUGACCGUUAGAUGUUUUCUUUCUCCCUCUUUUCAUUUCUGUUUAUAAGAGAGAAGUGAAAAGUUAGGUUAAAGCUUCGCUGAGCGAGCGCGGCGAAGUAUCUGAUCACGAGACUUGAAAGAUGCCUCGCUAUGAUGAUCGUUACAGUAGCAAUGAUCGAUACGGUGGUGCGCGUCUCUAUGUUGGCCACCUCUCUUCUCGAACCAGGGAACGAGAUCUUGAAUACCUCUUCAGCAAAUAUGGAAGAAUUCGAGAUUUGGACAUGAAGCGAGACUAUGCCUUCAUUGAAUUCAGUGAUCCUAGAGAUGCUGAUGAUGCGAGGUACAGGUUGGACGGAAGAGACUUUGAUGGAAGCCGUAUCACUGUGGAGUUUGCAAGAGGGACACCUCGUGGUUCCCGUGAAUUUUCCUCGAGCAGAGGCCCUCCUCCAGGAAGUGGUCGUUGCUUCAACUGUGGUCUUGAAGGACACUGGGCUCGAGAUUGCUCUGCUGGUGACUGGAAGAACAAAUGUUAUCGAUGUGGAGAUAGGGGUCACAUCGAGAGGAACUGUAAGAACAGUCCUAGGAAGCUCAGGCGGGAUGCAAGUUACUCAAGAUCGCCGGUUAGGUCUCGGUCUAGGUCUCCUCGUCGCAGAAGAAGAAGCCCCAGCAGAAGCUAUAGCCGUGACCGUAGCUAUAGUCGCUCCAGAUCACCGGUUAGGAAGGAAAAGGAUCGUAGUCCUGAAACUGCAAGAAGCAGAAGCCCUGAAAUUGCAAGAAGCAGAAGCCCUGAAGCUGCAAGAAGCAGGAGCCUUGAAGCCGCAAGAAGCAGGAGCCCAGAACUAAUGGUUGACAACUCUCCUCCAUCAAAAGAUAGGAAGCGAAGUUUGACUCCUGAAGAAGGCAGCCCUAAGCGUGAACUGAGCCCGAGAGGAAACGAUGAUGGAGGUAUUGGAAACAGUGAGCAAGACCGAAGUCCUAUUCCUAGAGAAGACCUUAGCCCUGUGGAGGAUGAUGACCAGUGAAGAGUGGGAAAACAAGUGAUUGCUUAAGGUGUCCUCAGAAGACUUGUAAUGGUUUUAGACAACUGUAAUGGAUUCUGUUAUUUUUUCCUGAGUGUUUGGAGGCUUGGCUUUUUACUUCGACUGUUUUCACUUUUAUGUAGAAGAAGCUUAAGAAAAGUAUGAUGAAACAAUUGUUUGCUUGUUUCUUUCUGUUGUGCACAGAGUUUUAACUGAGAUCACUUCUGUGAUUCUUGUCUUAC